GGACUGAUUUGGGAGUUGCUUGCUUGGGCUGCAGUGCAGCGAACACGUACAGUCACGAGCCUCCGUUGUCCACUUUUUGCUCUUUUAAAGUAGUAUUCUUCCCACCUCGAACUGGAAUAUUAUUUUUCUAAACGUUGUUUGGAUAUCUUUGCUACCAUGUCCAAAGAGUGCUGGCCAGGGGAAGCCAUUGAGCGUCUGGGUGGCUGUUUAGUAGAGUAGCUCCCCGCUUCUGACCUCGCUGCCAGGAUGCUCCGUAAGAGCAGCGAAGGCGGCGGCGUAAAGCGGGGUCAUGCUUCUGCGGCGUCCAGACAUCACUCCGAUUCCCUGAUGGGCUCCACCAAGACCUGGGAUGUCGGCCACAGGCGGCACUCCCACAACCUGCUGAGUGAUGGUGCAGAUCCAUCGGUGUCUGCGUCAUGCCCGCCCGGAGUGGACCCGGAGUACGUGAUGAUGCUGGUGAAUGACGUCAGGUGGUUUGCCAACGUGCUACUGCACCUCAAGGAAGCCUUCCAGAGUCCAGAGGGCUCGCAGGCUUUCCAACAGGUGGUCCAGGAGCGUCUGGCCGAGCUGCUGCGCGUCCUGAAGGCCGUCAUCGCCAAACACCAGGCCCUCAACUCGGUGGACAUCCUGGGCAAGGCGGGCACACUCAUCGCCAAGGUGAAAGGCAUCAACUUUGACGACGUCAGAUCAGAAAACCGAGACGGAACGUUUGGCGAGAUUCAUGCGUCCAUCGACACCUUGGCGUUCACAUUCGGCAAUGUAGUUUCUGACUUCCUUAUGGGAGAUGUGGACAAUGGCUCAGGGUUGGGGACCCCCCAGACCAGAAGAAGCAGGUCUUUCGACAACCUCGCUGCGGAUCCCGAGGACUACGCGGCAGAGAAGAACGACCUCGCCGGCCCAGACGUUCCUCUUUCCCGCGAGGAGGAGGUGGACCUGAUACUGCUGAAGCAUGAUAGCGGGGUGGAGUCAGCCCUGCUCUACGCCAAAGCCUGGUCCAAGUAUAUUAAAGACCUGCUGGCCUGGAUGGAUAAAAGGGUGACCAUGGAUGCGGAGUGUGCUAAGAGCUACGCCAAACUGGCCGAGUCGGCCAAGUCGCUGGUGACGCAGCAGGAAUACAUGCCCUUUAGUGACGUCUACAAUUCCACCUUCAAGAACGAUGUGGAAUAUAACCAACUUCUUCUGCAAACCGCCAUGGCCUUGCAGACCAAUAAAUUCAUCCAGCCUCUCCUGGGCCGUAAGAAUGAACUGGACAAACUGAGGAAAGACCUCAAGGAGCAGUGGCAGAAGGAGCAGAAAAAAAUGCACGAGGCAGACGUGAGCCUGCGAAAGGCUCGGGCGCUGAAGGCCCAGAGGCAAGAAGAGUAUCAGAAGGUCCGCUCGUCCACCAGCCGCUCGGUGGAGGAGCAGCCCGGCGCCGUCAAUAAGCAGCUAGAGAGGAACAGGAAGUUGCUGGAGGAGGCCCUGCAGAGGGCUGAGGAGGCACAGGAACAAUACCAGAACAGCAUGGCUGACGCGGGCGUCAGGAGGAUGGACCUGUCCAAUGUCAAACGCACCAUCCUCACCCAGAUCAGAGAGACCGUCUUCCAGUGCGACCUCACGCUCAAGGCGGUGACAGUCAAUUGGUUCCAGAUGCAACACGCGCAGAUGGCGUUGCUUCCCGCCCACCUCCAGGCACUGAGUGACGGCGCCAAGCUGUACGAGCCCGGCGAAUGCUACUCUGAGUUUGUGCGCCGCCUGCCGCGACAUCUGCCCAGAGACCGUGUGCACUCUGACUCGGUUUCUUCAGACGGUGCCAGGUUUGUGUUUGCCAAGCGGUCGGUGGGCAGCAGCCACUCCUCCCACGGCAACCUGUCCCAGGCCUCCCUCACCUCCUGCGACGUUCUCAGCGGCGACGAGGUGGACAGCCCCCUGCACCGCCGGCCGGGGAUCGCCGCGCGCCGCUCCAACAGCAGCACUGACAUUCCAGAGUCGAGGAACCAGGCGCCGCCGAGCCGAGCCUGGACCUCCGGAAGUCCGGGUAGCCAAGGCGGGAUGUGCAGUGACUCGGAGAGUGCGGGGGGCAGCAGUGAGUCCAGGUCUAUGGACUCCCCUUCUGCCAGUCCAGGUGAUUUCAAGCGACGUCUGCCCAGAACUCCCUCCACUGGCACCAUGUCUUCUGCUGACGACCUGGAUGAGAGAGAACCCCUCUCACCUUUGGACAAUGGUCUGGCCGAGAUGGUGACGGAGACGGCCAGCUCUCCCGGGCCCUUCCGGAACGCUCAGAUGUCCAAAGCGGCGCAGACGCACAAACUCAGGAAGCUCCGAGCGCCGUCCAAGUGCCGCGAAUGCGAUAGCCUGGUGGUCUUCCACGGAGCCGAGUGCGAGGAGUGUUCGCUAGCCUGCCACAAGAAAUGUCUGGAGACGCUGGCCAUCCAGUGCGGCCAUAAGAAGCUGCAGGGCAAGCUGCAGCUCUUCGGCAUCAACUUCGCCCAGGCGUCCAAAAACAGCGCAGACGGGAUCCCCUUCAUCAUCAAGAAGUGCACCUCUGAAAUCGAAAGCCGCGCUCUCAACAUUAAGGGCAUUUACCGCAUGAAUGGCGCCAAGUCCCGCGUGGAGAAGCUGUGCCAGGCCUUUGAGAACGGCAAAGACUUGGUGGAGCUGUCGGAGCUGUCGCCGCACGACAUCAGCAACGUGCUCAAGCUCUACCUGAGACAGUUACCGGAGCCGCUGAUCCUGUACCGCUACUACAACGACUUCAUCGGCUUAGCCAAAGAGUACCAGCGAGUGGUGGUGGAGAAGGCCCAGGAGAGAGAGACCGACAAGCCCGGCGGGGCCGCCGUCCGCCUCAACCGUGUGGUCCUCCGCAUCCGGGACUUGCUCCGCCAGCUGCCCGCCGCUAACUACCGCACGCUACAUUUCCUCGUGGCGCACCUCAACAGAGUGGCAGAACAGGCAGAAGAGAACAAGAUGACGGCGAGCAACCUGGGCAUCAUCUUCGGCCCCACGCUGGUGAAGCCGCGGCAGGCGGAGGCCGAGGUGUCCCUGUCCUCCCUGGUGGACUACCCGUACCAGGCCCUCAUGGUGGAGCUGCUGGUGCGACACUUUCCGCUGGUCUUUGACGCCCCGCCGUCGAGCGAGUCGGAUGCCGCCGCCGCCGCCGCCGCCGCCAGCCAGACGUCGCCUGUCCUCACACCCCAGGAAAAGCUGCAGCGCCUCAGCAGACAUUCUGCCUCUCUGACGGACAUUAAAGAGAGCGCCAAAGUGUACAAGAGGUUCUCCUCCGUCAUCCCAUCCUCGCACAUCCUGGACGAGGUCCAGGAGGUCCAGCCGGGAACCGACCGGACGGACUCCUCGGACGGCGUCAACGGUGUGGAUGAGGUAGCGGGCCCGCGGCGGUCCGGGCCAGCUUUGGACCGCGCCGACCCCGCGACCGCGUCGGCCACCCUGGCGUCGAUGGUGCAGCUCCGAGCCCAUCGCGCCCGAUCCUCGUCCCGACCCAUCAGCCUCCCCGCGACUGCGGAGUCCGCCGACCCGCCGAAGGAAACGGCGGGAGAGGAGCCGGCAGAAGCUCGCGCCGGCUCGUCGCGGGUCAGCGCGUACUACAUCACGCCAUUUAUCGACACUCGGGCCAUGCAGCGGCGGACGUGGGACAGGAAAUACAGACAUUACGACGUCACACCCAGGACCGCCAUGAUCGUGGCUAAGCUGCCCGCCGCCAGCGCCGCCGCCGCCGUGCCGGCCCCCGCCGGCACCGUCAGCACCGUGUUCCCCAACAACCCCUACGCCGUGUCCGUCAAACCCGCCUGGACGUCCGAGCGGGACGAGCGGCCGUCGUCCGGCUCAUUGUUGACGCUCAGACCCCCGAGGACUCUGCAGCCCCCGCCGGGGACUUUCUACAAGCCCCCCGUCGGCAGGGCCGGGACGCUCCCCAACCGGACCGCUACCGCCGCCCCCACCGCGCCCCCCAGCCCGCCGCGCGGCCGCCUCCAGACGCAGGACUCCACCGACAGCGCCAUCGACGCCGGGGCGGCUUCCCUGUCCCCCCCGCAGUCGCCGCCCCCCGGCAGCCCAGACGACCCGGACCCCGGCGAGACCAAGGCCAUCUACCAAAGACUGCGAUCUCGGCGGCUCCAGGAACUGGAGCACAGGGAGGCCCAUUUUGUCUGAGAAGUUUGAUCCUGCCGUCAAAAGCGGCCCGAGUGCUAAUAUAUUCCCCAAACUUCACUUUUAUUCCUUCUUUGUGUCCCCCCCCCCCCCCCCCAAGUUUUGCUGGCAUCCUGCAAUGCACUUAAGCAGCUUUUAUACUCGGAACGUUUAAGCUAAAUGUGUUUGUAGCCCUUUAAAUGGUGUCGCGUUGUUUUCUUACAAAGAGUGGAUGGGCCACACGGAAAAGAAAAACUGCUUCCAUUUUUUUAAAGAGAGAGAAAGAGAGAGGAAAAAAAUCAAUUUCAAAUUUUGGGCAAGAAAUUUAUCCUUUUGUAUUUUUGGGAGGAAAAAAAAUGGGUUCAUUUUUGUGUGUGUAUUUUUUUUCAGAAGAAAUGUCAUUCUGUUUGUCGAUGGAAAAAAAUGUAUUUGUGAAAAAGAAGUUCAAUGAUUUGACAUUCGUUUUUUCAUCAUAAAAAAAAAGCAAAUAUUUUUUCUGAGAAAAUAAAGGAAUGGAUAAUGAA